AUGGCAGUCGAAAGCUCUUCCGGCAUUCGCAACGAUGUACUGCUUCCUGACUCGGUGCGGGAGUACAUCUCAGAGCACAGGCUUGAAAAAGUCGUCACAUCAGCUUUGAAUUGUGUAAUUCAGCAUAUGCCAGAAGAUCCGUAUGCUCGACUCGCAGAGGAGCUGUCCAAAAGCAGCAUCUCUGCUCCACGCUUUGUAGCGCUGAGACCGGACACCUCCGUCCCAAGGAAGUUGCUUCAGUUCUACGUGGUCGUUGCCACUCGCGGGGUGAACAUUCGGAUUCACAAGCUGUCCCUAGGUCACGCCCUGUGUCCGGCUCACAGCGAUGCCGGCGUUCAGGGCAGAGAUGAGGAAAAGCUGGUGUUUGCGGUGCAGGACUUCUUCGCCAGAUCGUUCCAGGAUGUCUAUGUCGAUGACUUCUUGUCACUGCAUGAAAAAUGUAUCGGGAUGGCAGCGCAUUGCUUGGGCACUUCCGAGGAACAUCUUGAACUCGCGGCGUCGCUCGCGCUCACGAACCAGCUCUUAGAUGCUGGAGCUGCUGCGAUGAACUUGGGAAGCCUGGACUUUCUGCAACAUGCGCUUUCAAAGUUGGUGCCUGAUUUCGUGUCACCACCUUUGCGGUCGCCGAGUGACCUCUCCAACUGGCAAGGGAGAUGGCCUCACUUUGCGGUUCCCCUAUUGCAGGGAGGAGGGCCGAGUGCUUUGACACCCACUUCCUUGCGCUGCUGCGUGGCUUUGUCGCCCAUGGCGCUGGCCGAGGCGGCCGAUGGACACCUCACCUUCGGCUGGCUCGCAAGGCUCUUCGAGGUGCUGAAAGGUGCCAAAGCCGAAGUUAUAAAGUCAUUACAGGCAGACAAGGCGACUGCAGCACUCGUGGUUGAUGGAAAUCCUUAUGCCCUGCCUGGCGGCCUUGCGCCCACACUGCAACUUGCUCAGAAGGCUUUGGAGUCAGCACCUGCAUCGGAUUCAUCCAAGGUGCAUGGCUUGCUCAUUGUCAAUGCAGAGGAGGCUUGGCGAGAAGAAGAGGGUGUGUACGAAGUUGAGACGGGGAAGCAGAAGUCGCUUGAAGAGCUCGUCGACUUCUACGCAGAAAUUGCAGAGGACGGCUGGCUGACGACCUUCGUGAAUCCUUUCCGCGAGGCUGAUGCUCAAGCUGGUGCCGAAUUGCUGAGGGCACGCAGGCCAGAGAUAAAAGUAGUUCAGGACUAUGGCCUGGAUGUACCGGAGCCUGUGGAAGAGCUGGCCUUUAGCUGCGCUUGGCACCUGGCUCAGACGCUGCCUUCGGCCCUGCGGCAAUACGCGGAGCAGGCGACGGCAUGGCAGGAGGUUGCCGAUGGCUUCGGGUGCUGUGUUUAUCUGGGUGCACAAGCAUUAGAAUCGAUGCCAGCGAUUCUCGAGGCACUGCUAGCUUGCGCUGGCGUUCAGGUUAUCUACAUGCCAGAGGAGAUUGCUGAUGAUCUCGUCAAGCAGGUCUCUCACCGGCAGGACGAGGUGCUGCAUCGAAUACACGCUGCAGAAAGGAACGUGUAG